AUGGAAGGGCAGGAUCCGGAAGGACCUGGACCUUCCAAGAGAGCAAGGAAAGGUCCCCUGCCCAUCCAGGCUGGGAGUGGCAUCAAAUCCUGGGAGAGAGCUGUGCCAGAGAUCCAGAAUCAGGAGCCCCUGAACUCAGGAGUAUAUUGCCAACGCUUCCGGCAGUUCCGCUAUUGGGAGGCUGAUGGGCCCCGAGAGGUCUGCAGCCAGCUCCAUUUACUUUGCAAACAAUGGCUGAAGCCAGAGAAACACACCAAGAAGCAAAUCCUGGACCUGGUGAUCCUGGAGCAGUUUCUGACCAUCCUGCCCCAGGAAAUGCGGUGCUGGAUAAGAGGAUGCAGGCCGGAGACCAGUUCCCAAGCAGUGGCCCUGGCCGAAGGUUUCCUCCUGAGUCAGGCAGAGGAGAAGAGGCGGGCAGAACAGAGAUGGGGUCCAUCCGUGAAGAUGGAAGCUAAGUUCUGUGAGACGGAAAGAUCCCCUUCAGAGGAAGGGCAGUGGGCCCAAUCCCAGGAGUGUGCCCAAGGUGCCCUCUCAUGCGUCAGCGAAGAGACAGUGUUGAUCCGUCCUCUUUGUGGAAGUGUGGAGACAGCUGCUGCGCUUCCAGACUGGUCUCCAGUUACCUUUGAGGAGGUCACCGUGUAUUUCAAUGAGGCAGAGUGGGCCCUGCUGGAUCCAAGCCAAAGAGCGCUCUACAAGGAAGUCAUCCUGGAGAACCACGGGAGCGUGGCGUUUCUGGCAGGGAAUGAUCAGUGGAAUGAAUGUGAUCGGGAACUGCAUCAGCUAUUGCCAGAUAAAGUGAAGAAGGAAUAUUUGAAAGGAAAAUCUGGGAGUCAAGGCAAACUAAAGAGGCAAAAAGAAAGUCACAUGGUCGAGAAGAGAGAUAAACCCAUUCCUGGCCAAGAGCAGGAUGUCCAUAAACUAGUCCACAUGGUGCAGGCGGCAUGCCAGUGCUUAGAGUGUGGAAUGAACUUCUCAGAUCAAGCUCAAUAUGAGAGCCAUUUGCAAAUACACAGUGGAAAGAAGACCCAUCAAUGCAUGGAAUGUGGCAAGAGCUUCCUUCACAGAGCAGAGCUCCUUAGACAUCAAAUAACACAUAAACCUUAUAGCUGUUCAGACUGUGGCAAGACUUUCUCAGAGAAAUCAGACCUUUUUCAACACCAAAGGAUUCAUUCAGGAGAAAAGCCAUUUAUCUGCAUGGAGAAUGGAAGGAUGGUCUCUCGUGGAAGAAAGGGUAAUGUACUUUUCCGAAAGCCUAGUGUAAUGGGGGCACAUAAAUGCUUUCCUUGUGGAAAUUACUUCAGAUACAGAUCACAGCUCCUUGUGCAUCAAAGAAUCCACACAGGGGAGAAACCUUUUGAAUGCUCCAAGUGUGGAAAGAGAUUUACUAGCAGUGGCAAUCUUCAAAGUCAUGUAAGAACCCACACAGGGGAGAAACCUUUUGAAUGCUCUGAGUGUGGAAAGAGAUUUACUAGCAGUAGCAAUCUUCAAAAUCAUGUAAAAACCCACACAGGGAAGAAACAUUUUGAAUGUUCAGAGUGUGGAAAGAGAUUUACUAGCAGUGGCAAUCUUCAAAGUCAUGGAAGAACCCACACAGGAGAGAAACCUUUUGAAUGCUCAGAGUGUGGAAAGAGAUUUACUAGCACUGGCACUCUUCAAAGUCAUGGAAGAACCCACACAGGAGAGAAACCUUUUGAAUGCUCAGAGUGUGGAAAGAGAUUUACUAGCACUGGCACUCUUCAAAGUCAUGGAAGAACCCACACAGGAGAGAAACCUUUUGAAUGCUCAGAGUGUGGAAAGAGAUUCAAUUACAGUGGCAAUCUUCAAAGGCAUUUAAGAACCCACACAGGGGAGAAACCUUUUGAAUGCUCUGAGUGCGGAAAGAGAUUCAGUUGCAGUGGCAAUCUUCAAAGUCAUGGAAGAACCCACACAGGAGAGAAACCUUUUGAAUGCUCCGAGUGUGGAAAGAGAUUUACUAGUAGUGGCACUCUUCAAAGUCAUGUAAGAACCCACACAAGAGAGAAACCUUUUGAAUGCUCAGAGUGUGGAAAGAGAUUUACUAGCAGUGGCAAUCAUCAAAGGCAUUUAAGAACCCACACAGGAGAGAAACCUUUUGAAUGCUCAGAGUGUGGAAAGAGAUUUACUAGCAGUGACAAUCUUCAAAGGCAUUUAAGAACCCACACAGGGGAGAAACCUUUUGAAUGCUCUGAGUGUGGAAAGAGAUUCAUUUGCAGUGGCACUCUUCAAAGUCAUGUAAGAACCCACACAGGGGAGAAACCUUUUGAAUGCUCCGAGUGUGGAAAGAGAUUCAGUUGCAGUGGCAGUCUUCAAAGGCAUUUAAGAACCCACACAGGGGAGAAACCUUUUGAAUGCUCCGAGUGUGGAAAGAGAUUCAGUUGCAGUGGCAGUCUUCAAAGUCAUGUAAGAACCCACACAGGGGAGAAACCUUUUGAAUGCUCAGAGUGUGGAAAGAGAUUCAGUCAGUGUGGCAAUCUUCAACAUCAUGUAAGAACCCACACAGGGGAGAAACCUUUUGAAUGCUCCGAGUGUGGAAAGAGAUUCAGUCAGUGUGGCAAUCUUCAACAGCAUCAAAGAGGCAGCGCCUGGCACUCGGCUCAAAGCACGCAACAGAGACACCAAAGCUCUACUAAACCGGAGCGUCUCCAUGGAAGCACGCAGUCCAAAAAGCAAAUCAGGCUGCCUCUCUCUGUGUCCCAGUAG